ACUGGUGCUCCAGGUCGGCUCUCCAGGUUGCAGGUCUCUCCUGGUUGCGGCUCCCUGCUCAUCCGGCUCCCACAACACCACAGAGUCCCACACAGGAGUGAAGGAUGCUGCUCUGGGUGCUCUUUCUGAUCCUCAUCCUCACCAGUGGUUCCCACUGCUCACUGCCCCCCGCACCUCCCUUCAGGAUGCAGCGACACGUAGAUGCCAUCUUCACCACCAACUACAGGAAACUCCUGAGCCAGCUGUAUGCCCGGAAAGUGAUCCAGGACAUCAUGAACAAGCAAGGGGAGAGGAUCCAGGAACAAAGGGCCAGGCUCAGCCGCCAGGAAGACAGCAUGUGGACAGAGGACAAGCAGAUGACCCUGGAGAGCAUCUUGCAGGGAUUCCCAAGGAUGAAGCCUUCGGCAGACGCCUGAGCCCCCUGACCCCCAAACACAACUGUACCCUGUUACUUCUGCUUCAGUUCUGACCUUUUCUGUCCUCUGUAAAUGCAAUAAAACCCCCAUUCUCAUCUGCA